AUGGCUUCCAUGGAAGAUAUCAAAAUAGUUUUUGAGUACUUGAAACGGGAGCCAGAAAUGUAUCGAAUUUUGCAACGAUUUGUGAGCGAGACGCUUCAGUUCGAGCGCUCGCUCAUAGAAGGUAUGAUGGAGGCAGGGCGGAGGUUGGAGGGAUUGGUGGGGCAAAAUGCCCACGAAGUAAUGGAAGAGAAUCCGGUGCCUCAGGAGCCGGAAUUUGACGAAGAAGAAGCAGAGCGGACUCCUCUGCCUGAAAGUAGUGAAGAGGCCGAGAAUUGGCCAUGCGAAGCAGAGUGGACGCCUCUGCCAUAUGAUGAAGAAGAGGAAGAAAAUGAACCUGAGGCACCGGUGGCACCAAUGGAGGCGAGUGGCAUCGUAGAACCGGUUGAAUCAGUUCGAGAACUCGUCCUACGAACGAGGACGAUUCGCAUCCCGGUUCUUGCCACGCAGGAAGAAAUGGCUGCGGCAGUACCGGAAGAAUUUCAUCCCGCUGAUUUGGGGGAUCUUCCGGAGCAACUCCGAAUGGAGUUGCAAGUGCCGCAGGCGGAACCAUACACGGUGACGCAAGAAGAAGGAAAUAAAAUCGUGUGUGGUUUUUGCGGUAGGCAGUUCGACACACUAAAAGGGUGGCGCAUCCACGCUUCUAGGAUGCAUAAGCAAGAAGGUUUUUGUGCUCGUUGUGGGCACAACCUCUUGCUGCCACCUGGAUAUACGGCCGCACAGAAAGCGGCAGCGGUGGAAAUUCAUGCCCUCGAUUGGUGCCCGAGGGCUUGUGCGGCCGUAAUUGGCGAAAGACAGGUGAAGCGCCGCAGAUUGGAUCUUGUGGGAAGAGAAGAGGAUCAUUUGUUCAUUCCAGGCCAAUAA